AUGCGUCUGUUGCAGAACGGUCGCCACAGCGAGUGCAGUUACCAUCUGCACAUUCUAGAACACUUGCUGCUGAACUCAGUGGAGGGCCCGCCGUGGGUGGAGCGGUCGGGUCAUUUGAAGACGGCUGGAAGUUGGAGCUGCUGGCUGUGCCCGCUCGUGUCUGGCUUCCAGACGCGGUUAAGUAGCCUGUCUUUGGGAGAUCCGGCACCUGAACGCAGGUCCCCUUCCCACCUCCGCCAGCCCUCUGACACCUCUGAGGCAGCAGGUCUUGUUCAGCGCUGUGUCAUCAUCCAGAAGGACCAGCAUGGCUUCGGCUUCACGGUCAGUGGGGACCGUAUCGUUCUGGUGCAGUCUGUGCGGCCUGGAGGGGCAGCUAUGAGAGCUGGCGUCAGAGAGGGCGACCGGAUCAUCAAAGUGAACGGCACCAUGGUGACGAACAGCUCACACCUGGAGGUGGUGAAGCUUAUCAAAUCCGGCGCCUAUGUCGCACUGACCCUUCUGGGCUCUUCCCCCUCAUCCGUCGGUGUCUCUGGGCUGCAGCAGGACCCUGCCCCAGCUGGAGCCCCCCGAGUCGCCCCUGUGGUCCCCCCGCCUCCUCCACCACCACCUCUGCCCCCUCCACAGCGCAUCACAGGGCCCAAACCACUGCAGGAUCCCGAGUUCCAAAAACAUGCCACCCAGAUCCUUCGCAAUAUGCUGAGGCAGGAGGAGAAGGAGUUACAGCGGAUCUGUGAGGUGUACAGCCGGAACCCCACCAGCCCGCUGGAAGAGCGGAUUGAAGGUGCCCGGAGGCGCGUCACUCAGCUACAGCUGAAGAUCCAGCAGGAGACGGGGGGCUUCGAGGACGUACCCCCCCUACAUGGCGACGCCAGCCAGAGAGCAUCAGAAGGCCAACUGUCUCUGGAUUCCCAGGAAGGGGACAGCGGCUGGGACUCUGGGACAGAGCGCUUCCCCUCCCUCAGUGAGGCGCUGAUGAAUCGGAACUCGGCGCUGUCGGACCCUGGGCCGGACAGUCCCCGAACCUCGCCUGUGAUCAUGGCCCGGCUGGCCCAGCACCACCGGCGGCAGGGCUCGGACGCACCAGUGCCCAGUGCCAGCGACCAGGGCACAGACCAAAGCCCGAAGCCUUUAAUUAUUGGCCCAGAGGAAGAUUAUGACCCGGGUUAUUUCAACAACGAGAGCGACAUCAUCUUCCAGGACCUCGAGAAGCUGAAGGCACGGCCAGCUCACCUGGGCGUUUUCCUGCGCUACAUCUUCUCUCAGGCCGACCCGAGCCCGCUGCUUUUCUACUUGUGCACAGAGGUUUACCAGCAGACAAACCCCAAGGAUUCCCGUGGCUUGGGAAAAGACAUCUGGAAUAUUUUCCUAGAGAAAAAUGCGCCGCUGAGAGUGAAGGUCCCAGAGGUGUUACAGGCUGAAAUUGACUUGCGUCUGCGCGGCAAUGAGGACGUCCGCGCCGUGCUCCGUGAAGCUCAGGAGGCGGCCAUGCCCGAGAUCCAGGAGCAGAUCCAGGACUACAGAACAAAGCGCACCCUGGGGCUUGGCAGUCUGUAUGGAGAAAAUGACCUGCUGGACCUGGACGGGGAUCCUGUCCGAGAGCGCCAAGUGGCCGAGAAGCAGCUGGCCGCCCUGGCAGACAUUCUGUCCAAGUACGAGGAGGACAGGAGCACCCCCAUGGAAUUCGUCCUCAAUACCUACAUGAGCCACGCUGGGCUCCGUCUCCGAGAGGCACGGCCUUCCGGCACAGCUGAAAAGGCCCAGGCAGCCCCUGACAAGGACAAGUGGCUGCCCUUCUUCCCAAAGACCAAGAAGAGCAGCAACUCCAAAAAAGACAAGGACGCCUUGGAGGACAAGAGGCGAAACCCUAUCCUCAAGUACAUCGGGAAGCCCAAGAGCUCUCCGCAGAGCACAUUUCAUAUUCCCUUGUCCCCUGUGGAAGUCAAACCAGGCAACGUGAGGAACAUCAUUCAGCACUUUGAGAACAACCAGCCGUAUGAUGCCCCAGAGCCUGGGACACAGCGGCUGUCCACCGGAAGCUUCCCUGAGGACCUGCUGGAGAGCGACAGCUCCCGCUCAGAGAUCCGCCUGGGCCGCUCUGAGAGCCUGAAGGGCCGGGAAGAGAUGAAGCGGUCCCGGAAGGCGGAGAACGUGCCCCGCUCUCGCAGUGAUGUGGAUAUGGAUGCGGCCGCAGAGGCCGCCCGCCUCCACCAGUCAGCCUCGUCCUCUGCCUCCAGCCUCUCCACCAGGUCUCUGGAGAACCCAACCCCUCCCUUCACCCCCAAAAUGGGCCGCAGGAGCAUUGAGUCCCCCAGCCUGGGCUUCUGCACAGAUGCCCUCCUCCCCCACCUCCUGGAGGAUGACCUGGGCCAGCUGUCGGACCUGGAGCCAGAGCUGGACGCCCAAAACUGGCAGCACACAGUGGGCAAGGACGUGGUGGCCGGGCUAAGCCAGAGGGAGAUUGACCGGCAGGAGGUCAUCAACGAGCUGUUUGUGACGGAAGCGUCCCACCUGCGCACGCUCCGGGUCCUCGACCUGAUCUUCUACCAGCGGAUGAAGAAGGAGAACCUGAUGCCCCGGGACGAGCUCGCCCGGCUCUUCCCCAACUUGCCUGAGCUCAUCGAAAUCCACAAUUCCUGGUGCGAGGCCAUGAGGAAGCUCCGGGAGGAGGGCCCUAUUAUCAAAGACAUCGGUGAUCUCAUGCUGGCUCGGUUCGACGGCCCUGCCCGGGAGGAGCUCCAGCAGGUGGCUGCCCAGUUCUGCUCCUACCAGUCCAUCGCCCUGGGGCUCAUCAAGACCAAGCAGCGCAAGGAGAGCCGCUUCCAGCUCUUCAUGCAGGAGGCUGAGAGCCACCCUCAGUGCCGGCGGCUGCAACUCAGAGACCUAAUCAUCUCGGAGAUACAGCGGCUCACCAAGUAUCCCCUGCUGCUGGAGAGCGUCCUCAAGCACACAGACGGUGGCACCUCUGAGCAUGAGAAGCUAUGCCGGGCGCGGGACCAGUGCCGGGAAAUCCUCAAGUAUGUGAACGAAGCGGUGAAGCAGACAGAGAACCAGCACCGGCUGGAGGCUUACCAGAAGCGCCUGGACACCACGUCCUUGGAGAGGGCCAGCAACCCCCUGGCGGCAGAGUUCAAGAGCCUGGACCUUACAGCGAGAAGGAUGGUCCACGAGGGGCCCCUGACCUGGAGGAUCAGCAAGGAUAAGAGCUUGGACCUCCACGUGCUGCUGCUGGAGGAUCUCCUGGUGCUGCUGCAGAAGCAGGACGAGAAGCUGCUACUCAAGUGUCACAGCAAAACGGCCGCAGGCUCCUCAGACAGCAAGCAGACCUUCAGCCCCGUGCUCAAGCUCAACGCCGUGCUCAUCCGCUCCGUGGCCACAGACAAGCGGGCCUUCUUCAUCAUCUGUACCUCGAAGCUGGGCCCCCCCCAGAUCUACGAGCUGGUGGCACUGACAUCGUCAGACAAGAACACAUGGAUGGAGCUCUUGGAGGAGGCCGUGCGGAACGCCACCCGGCACCCGGGAGCUGCCCCCGCGCUCGCCCAUCCCCCACCCCCGGGUGCCCAGGAGCCAGCGCACCAGAGCCCCACACCCAGCAGGGUCCGGCUGGAUGGCUCAGAAGUGUUCCACAGUGAACCAGAGCCCGGGGAGCUGCCCGGAGGCACUGGGCCCCAGCCGAGGGCCAAGGGGAAGCACCCGGCCCUGCUGGAGGAUCCUGAGCAGGAGGGCAGCCUAGAGGAGGAGCUGGGUGCCCUGCCUCACCCCUCUGCAGCCCUGGAUGGAGGGAACAGGGGCGGCCGGACGAGAGACCCCAUCCUCCUGCCCCUCCCUGUUCCUCUGUUCGUGGACGGGCUCGCCGACUCAGCCCUGGAAGACGUGGAGAGCCUGCGGCACCUGAUCCUGUGGAGCCUGCUGCCAGGUCACCGCCUGGAAGCACAGCCCGCCGGUGAGCUCGAGGACAACCUCACCCCUACACCAUCUCUCGUGAGCGGCACCUGUCACCCCACGGGCCCCGGCUCCCCGUGGUGCGCCCCCCCUGGGGGUGAAGGACCAGAGCAGGAUGACACGGCUCUAUGCCCCCUGGAGCGGCUGCCCCCCCGGGCCAGGAAUUCUGGGGUCUGGGAGUCUCCCGAGCUGGACAGGAACCCGGAGGAAGAGGCCUCAAGCACCAAGGCAGCAGGGAGUUACAAAGUCGUGAGAAAAGCUGAGGUGGUGGGCAGCAAGGCUGUGCCCCCAGAGAGCGGCCAGUCAGGGCCUGAGCCACCUGAAGUGGAAGGCGGAGCAGAGGCAGCUGGGAACUGCUUUUAUGUCAGCAUGCCGGCAGGACCCCCGGACUCCAGCACCGAGCCCUCCCAGCCCGACGGCCUCCCUCCCUGGCAGCCUCGGGGAGGCAGUGGAGGUCUCCGGCACCCCAGCCGCUCCCCGUCCAGCCUGGUCCUCAGGGACGUGGGCAGCAUCUUCCGCACCAUCGAGCAGCUCACCGUCAAACUCAACAGGCUCAAGGACAUGGAGCUGGCCCACAGAGAGCUGCUCGGGUCCCUCGCGGGAGAGUCGUCGGGCGGCACCACGCCUGUGGGCAGUUUCCCCACGGAGGCGGCUAGAUGGACAGACAGCUCCUUGUCACCUCCAGCCAGGGAAGCCCUGGCCUCCAACUCCAGGGAUGGCCACCAGCCAGGGCCGUGCUCGGAGGACGGUUCCGACACCCUCCUGGAAGACAGCACGGCGCACGCAGCCUCACCCCCAGGACCGUGA